AUGCAGAACAUGCUUUCGAGGGAUUGGUUUGGCAGAGCUUGGGUCCUGCAGGAAGCUGUACUCGCGCGCCACGCAGUCAUCCGAUGCGGUCGCUUCGAAGAGGACUGGAAGGUUUUCUGUGCUUUCGUAUGCGAUUACAGAAGAUACUACCGUGACGAUGCCAGGGGGCUUGUGAAAGGGACCUGGCAGUACAAUGGACUCGACGGCAACCGUGACCGCAUGAAUCUUGCAAUGUCUAAGGAGCUCGAAAUGCUACGCUGGAUCAACCUACCCUUCUCGAUAGCGACCAUCAGCGCCGCUCGCACGGACGGACUCGAGAUCCCAAUCCUGCAAUUACUUGGGUACGUGCGAUUGCAAUCAGCGACAGAUGCAAGAGACAAGGUGUAUGCGAUCAUGGGCCUCCUCAGCGAAGAUCAACGAAGCAGACUCCCGCGCCCAGACUACGAUGCCGAAGUCAUGGAAGUAUACAUCGCGCUUGCGGCCAGCGUCGUGCUAAGCAGCCGAUCAUUGGAUGUUCUUGCUUGGAAGAAUCCAUAUGUAGAGCCAUUCUUCACGGGCAUGCCAAGCUGGGUUCCAGACUGGCGCAGUCUACAAGAAGCUGGUAAUGUCGGUAACGAGCGCGUACAGAUGCCCGUCAUAUCUCCGAGGCAUGGAGCCGAGCCUUUCGGCACCUACGAUCCAGUGCACAAUGCCUCCUUGUACCCCAUUUCGCCAUAUAAUUUCGACUUCACUAACGAAAGAGUCCUCCACGCUCGCGGGGUCCACGUAGACGCUGUAGCAGAUUGGUCAGAGCAAAUCGGGGGACUCGAUAGCCUUCCUCCUCCGCGGUAUAAGGAAGAUUUCACAUUUCAUCAGGAACAGAUUCUGGACUCUCCCUUGCGCGACAUGAGGACGAAACUUGUCGACUCGAACACCUUGACCUCUGACGCAUUCUGGCGCAUCGUGUCCCAUGAUCAGUACAUCAAGCGUCUCAACAGAUACAGGAGUGAAACCCGCAGACUCGGCAAAGAAGGCUACACGACACUAGGUGGGGUGAAGUUCCCACCCGUGACUCCCGAGGACGAAGAGGCAAUUCUGAAGCUGGAGUAUAGAAGUGGCAUCGAGCUGAAAGGGGCGCGAGAUCUCAUCUUGAGAACGAGGACCGGCUACUGGGGGGCCUUUCCUCGGAACACGAGGCCAGGAGAUACUGUCGUCGUCCUGUUUGGUGCGCGGAAGCCUGUCCUUCUGCGCAAGCACCGUAGCUUUCAUGUGUUCGUGGGCGAAUGCUAUGUUCAUGGUAUUAUGGGUGGUGAGGUGAUGCUCGGCAAGCAGAUCCAGAACUACGAGGCGGAAACCGAGGUUUUCCACAUUGCGUGA